AUGCAUCCUCUUGUUCCUGUUUCCAGUCAUAUUUCACAUCUUUCUUCAAGAGAUAAUGCAGGGGCAGGUGAUCAAGGCAAAGGAACUCCUAAACCUUCUCUAUUUUCCCAUAAUUGGGGCAAACUCUAUUCUGUCCAACAAUAUGCCCCAAGAACUGAAGGUUGCGGGGGUGUUACAGAGGCUGAACGGCAUAAUGACGAACUUGGAGGAGAACCAGGUGGCAUGCCUGAACACUUUGAGAAGGUCAUCUAUCCGAGAAAGGGGGAAAGUAUCCUUCAUGGUUACUGCAUUCAGCUUCCAAUAGUUGACACACAUUCAUAG